AUGAAUCUAGGAGCCCUUUAUGCUUUAGAAUUUUUUGUUGCUUAUAACAAUUCACUUGGAACAAACCAAGGCAAUAAAUUAAUGAGCUUCCUCACUUCUUUAUUCAAUUGUUCCAAUCUACAACAUUUGAAUUUGGCUAUGAAUCAUUUUAAAGGCUUUUUGCCCCAUUCUAUUGCAAAUCUCUCCACCAAGAUCACUUGGCUCGAUCUACAAGACAACUAUAUAUCUGGAAGCAUACCUCGUGGUAUUGGGAACCUUGUAAAUUUGCAAACACUCUUUUUUCUAAGUGGCAACAUGCUUACAAGUAGUAUUCCGAAUUCCAUUGGAAAACUCUCCAUGUUGGAAAUCCUCAUGCUUGACAAAAAUAACAUCUCUGGAGAGAUUCCAUCGUCUAUUAGAAACCUGAGUAGGCUUGGUACACUUGACCUAUCAACAAAUAUGAUUGAGGAAAGCAUUCCUAUUUCUUUAGGCAAUUGUACCAAUCUACUACAAAUUCAUCUUGAUUACAAUCGUCUCAUGGGAGAAAUACCUUGUCAAAUCUUGGGUACAAUUCCAACGAUCUUUAGACAAUUGAAAGGUAUUCAAGAACUAGAUGUUUCUAGGAACAACUUGGCUGGACAAAUUCCAAGGUUUCUCGGGGAGUUUCGGUUUUUUCAAUAUCUCAAACUUUCCUACAAUAUGUUUGAUGGUGAAGUUCCGAAUGGAGGAGUUUUCACAAACAUUAGUGCCUUUUCAGUUGUUGGAAAUACUAUUAUUUACCAAAACAAAAGGUCCAGACAGCAAGUCAAAUUAGCCUCACCUUUGCAAAACAAAUAUUUACGACUAUCUUUUGGAGAACUUUUUCAAGCAACAAAUGGGUUCUCCCCAUCCAACUUAAUUGGUGAGGGAGGAUAUGCCUCUGUUUAUAAAGGGAUUCUCAACUCUGAUGAACAAAUUGUUGCUGUGAAGGUGCUCAAACUACACGAACGUGGAGCGAACAAGAGUUUUGUUAUAGAAUGUGAAGCAUUGAAAAACAUACGCCAUCAAAAUCUUGUCAAGAUAAUUACAGCUUGCUCAAGCAUUGAUUUUACAGGCAACGACUUCAAGGAUUUGGCCUUUGAGUUCAUGGAAAAUGGGAGCUUAGAAAAUUGGUUACAACCAAGUCUUUUAGAGCAACAUGAACCUAAGAACUUGAACUUUGUUCAAAGGAUGAACAUUGCCAUUGACGUGGCAUGUGUUGGACAAUCUUCACUAGAUGAAUUGCAGCAAGGAUGGACGAAAAUUGGAGUAGAAAUCCAAAUGAGAGACUGCCUAUUUAUAAAGGUGAAGUGGUGGCUUGGUGGCUACUAG